CCUGGAAAUGUUACCAACCUUACCCUCAGUAUAAAUCACAUUCCCCAUAUCUAUGCCACAUCCUUUGCUCACCUUAAAAAUCUCAUAGAGAUUGACUUCAGAUGCAACUGUGUGCCUGUCAAAAUGGGGCCCAAGGAUCAUGUGUGCAACAGUAGUCUGAAGAUUGAGAAUGGCAGUUUUGCUGCCCUGGCAAGACUGAAGUCAUUGUAUUUGGAUGCAAACCAGCUGGUGGAAAUACCUCGAGGUCUUCCUGCUUCUUUAACCCUGCUGAGCCUGGAAGCAAACAGUAUCUUUUCUAUCCAGAAGGCCAACUUUUCAGAGCUAGGAAACAUAGAGGCAUUGUAUCUAGGACAGAACUGUUACUACCGCAAUCCAUGCAAUGUCUCAUUUGAAAUUGAAAACACAGCCUUUCUGGAGCUGAAAAAAUUAACAAUACUGUCCCUGAAGGCCAACAACUUAACGCAUAUUCCCCCCAAUCUGUCAUCUACCUUAAAGGAAUUGUAUAUUUACAACAACAUGAUUGAAGUGAUCGAAGAACAUGAUUUGAGUGCCCUUCCCAACCUAGAAAUUCUUGAUCUAAGUGGCAAUUGCCCACGUUGCUACAAUGCCCCUUAUCCUUGUAUUCCCUGCCCUAAGAUCUCAAUUGAGAUACAUGCAAAGGCUUUUGAUUCCUUGAAAAGUUUAAGAAUUUUGCGACUUCACAGUAACUCUCUUAGGAGCAUAUCCAGUAGCUGGUUUAAAAACAUCAAGAAUCUCAAAGAGCUGGACCUCUCCCAAAAUUUCCUCAUGAAGGAGAUUGGAGAUGCUCAGUUCUUGAAGCUUAUCCCUAGCCUUGUGGAGCUGGAUCUGUCCUUUAAUUUUGAACUGAAGAUGUAUUCUCCCUUCUUGAAUCUGUCUGAGACAUUUGCUUCCCUCUCUAACCUGGAAACCCUGAGGCUCAAGGGUUAUGUCUUCAAAGAACUGAGAGCAAGAGACCUACACCCACUGCUCAGUCUUAGGAAUCUAACUGUGUUGGAUCUGGGGACUAAUUUUAUUAAAGUUGCAGACCUAACAGUGUUCAAAGAAUUCCCAGCUCUUAAGUUCAUUGACCUGUCAGUGAAUAAAAUUUCUCCUUCUUCAGGGGAAAGCAACUUCGAUGGAUUUUGUUCUAAUCCUAGGAUAUCAGUAGAGCAAUACCACAGGCAAGUACUACAAGAGAUGCAUUAUUUCAGG